AUGACAGACACCGUUCGAAUAGUAGUGUGUGGAGAUGAGGGCACUGGGAAAUCCUCGUUGAUCACCUCCUUAGUUAAGGAUAUCUUUGUGACGAGCAAGAUACAGCCGGUUCUCCCUGCAAUUACUAUUGGGGCCCCUGAAAAUGUCACUACCACAAUCGUUGAUACCACAGCUCUUCCCCACGAGCGAAAUACUCUCUCAAAAGAGAUACGACGGUCCAAUGUCAUAUGCUUGGUUUACUCAGAUCAUUACAGUUAUGAGCGGGUCUCAUUAUUCUGGCUUCCAUUCUUUCGUGGCCUAGGGGUGAAUCUUCCAGUAGUGCUUUGUGCAAACAAAAGUGACCUCUCUCCAGAUGUUAACCCAGAGGAGGAAAUGAUGCCAAUAAUGCUUGAGUUCAAGGAAAUCGACUCUUGUAUUAGAGCUAGUGCAAAAGAGCAGAAAAAUAUUAAUGAGCUGUUCUAUCUUUGCCAGAAGGCUGUCACUCACCCAAUUGCCCCACUUUAUGACACCAAAGAACAAAACCUCAAACCAGCGGCAACAGCGGCUCUUCAGCGUAUCUUCUUUUUAUGCGAUAAGGACCAAGACGGCUUCUUGAAUGAUUUUGAAAUCCAAGAGUUUCAGAAAAAAUGCUUUGAUAAAACUCUAACCGAUGAAGAACUAGAGGAGAUAAAGGCUGUGAUUGGGAAAGCUUCUCCCAGCUCAGCAACCGAUGAGGGAAUAUCAGAGAGAGGGUUUAUCGUGCUCAACAAAACAUUCGCGGAGAAGGGAAGACAUGAAACUAUAUGGGCUAUACUUCGGACUUUCAAUUACACAGAUAGUUUGAGUCUGAAGGAUAGCUUUUUACACCCCAAGUUUGAAGUCCCCCCCAACUCCUCUGCCGAACUAUCUGCCCUAGGGUAUCGCUUCUUUGUAGAUUUGUUUCUUCUAUUUGACAAAGAUAAUGAUGGGGGUUUGAACGGCGAUGAGUUAUCUGCUCUAUUUGCACCCACACCUGGUCUUCCAACGUCCUGGGUGGAUUCCUCAUUCCCUUCCUCUACUGUACGGUCCGAAGCUGGUCACAUAACCCUACAAGGAUGGUUAGCCCAAUGGAGUAUGACAACCUAUCAGGAUCCGAAAACGACAUUGGCUUAUUUGGCAUAUCUUGGGUUUGAGAGUGGCGAAAAAGGAGGAACAACUGCAGCAUUAAAGCUUACAAAGCCAAGAAAAAAGAGGAGAAGGCAGGGGAAGGUUGAGAGGAAUGUAGUUUUAUGCUACGUCCUCGGAGCAAGUGGUAGUGGGAAAAGUUCAAUUUUGAAUGCCUUUUUGAAUAGAACAUUCAGUUCGACAUACCACCCAACGAUAAAACCGCGUACAGCGGUUAACAGCGUAGAGUUACAAGGAGGGAAGCAAUGCUAUUUGAUCCUUGAGGAGCUCGGGGAGUUGGAGCCAGCUAUUUUGGAAAACCAAGCAAAGUUAAAUGCGUGUGAUGUUGUCUGCUACACAUACGAUUCUUCAGACCCCGAUAGCUUUGCGCAUAUUGUGGAUUUACGAAACCGAUACCCAGAGCUUGAUGAAUUGCCAGCAGUGUUUGCCGCAUUGAAAGCAGAUCUAGACAAGACUACACAGAGAGCGGAAAUACAGCCGGAUAUCUACACACGAGAAAUUGGGAUGCCAGCUCCACUGCAUGUUAGUGCAGCAUGGACAUCGAUUUCUGAACUUUUUGUUACGAUUGCGGAGGCCGCUUUGUCUCCAAAUACGGCUUCUCCGCGGACAGAGCCAGAGCCAGUUGAUAAAACCAAUAUGUAUAUUGCAGCAGGGGUCACAACUUGCACAAUAUUAACCCUCCUGUUCAUGUGGAGGAGAUCCAACACAUGA